GCACAUUUGCGAAUAUAAACAAAAAUGUGUGAUAACAAAAAACCGACUGUUAAGGAAAUUGCGGAACUUUGUUUAAAAAAAUUCGAGUCCUUGCCAAAAACAGGAAAGCCCACAGCCAAUCAAUGGACAAUUUUGGCGGGAAUCGUGGAGUUCAACCGGAACACGGAAGCAUGUCAACUAGUUUCGCUUGGAUGCGGAACAAAGUGCAUUGGAGAAUCCAAACUUUGUCCCAAUGGCCUCAUCCUGAAUGAUUCCCAUGCCGAGGUGCUGGCACGUCGUGGAUUUCUUCGCUUUCUAUACCAGGAGCUCAAGCAGGAUAGAAUCUUUCAUUGGAACAGCACGCUAAGUACGUACGACAUGGAUGAGCACGUGGAGUUCCACUUUCUGAGCACACAAACGCCUUGUGGGGAUGCCUGCAUCCUUGAGGAAGAGCAACCAGCGGCGCGGGCCAAACGCCAGCGGCUGGAUGAGGAUUCCGAGAUGGUCUAUACGGGUGCCAAACUAAUAAGUGACCUUAGCGAUGAUCCAAUGUUGCAGACGCCAGGAGCUCUGCGAACGAAGCCCGGACGUGGAGAGCGCACUCUAUCCAUGUCCUGCAGUGAUAAGAUAGCGCGAUGGAAUGUCAUAGGCGUGCAGGGGGCACUACUGGAUGUAUUGAUCUCCAAACCCAUCUACUUUAGCAGCCUGAACUUUUGCUGUGACGAUGCGCAGCUGGAAUCUUUGGAACGUGCCAUCUUUAAACGUUUCGAUUGUAGGACAUUUAAGCACACGCGCUUCCAGCCUCAAAGGCCACAGAUAAACAUUGAUCCUGGCAUAAGAUUUGAAUUUUCCCAACGCUCCGACUGGCAGCCAUCCCCCAAUGGCCUGAUUUGGUCCCAGGUCCCAGAAGAAUUAAGGCCCUAUGAAAUUUCCGUAAAUGGAAAGCGUCAAGGAGUAACUAAGAAAAAGAUGAAAACUUCACAAGCUGCACUGGCGAUCAGCAAGUACAAGCUGUUCCUUACAUUUCUAGAGUUGGUAAAGUUCAAUCCGAAGCUAAGUGAAAUGUUCGAUCAACAGCUUUCCGAUCCUGAGCGUAUCGCCUAUGCUUCCUGUAAAGACUUGGCCAGAGAUUACCAGUUUGCCUGGCGGGAAAUCAAAGAGAAAUACUUUCUCCAAUGGACCAAAAAACCACACGAGUUGCUAGACUUUAAUCCAAUGUCAAAUAAAUGACACUUCGUGCCAGUGAAACGAGGAUAAGAUGCAGACCAAGCAAGUAUUUUAUUGCUAAAGUUGGGAUGAAGUGGAACUUCUGGUCUAAGCUCCUUCAAUUGCUUUCUUGAAAAUGUGUAGUUGCUGAAAAUGUCCUUAUCAGAGAUGAAAUAACUUCGGAUUAUAGCUUCCCUUUAAAGUAACUAUUUCCACAGAAUUGAAAGUCAGUUAGGUUAUCAUAUGCAACAUCUAAGCGUGUUAUAUUUAGUUUAUAAUACCAUAAUAACAUAAAUCUAAUUGUCAUUUUGCAAACGUUUAACAGACAAACAAACGAACAGGCGUACAUGUACAAUUAAGGUUACAGCUAAGCAUCCACUGAUGCGAAUACGGAUACGGAUGCACAUAUAGGAGGUAUGCUCUUGCUGGGCGUACGAACUAAAGACGAGAAUUGAACAAUGGAGAUGUGCCGGUCCAGCUCGUGGCGUACGGAUGUGAUGUGUGGGUGCGAAAAGCUAAUCAUACGACACUCGAAUCCGUUGACUAUCCAAGGACUUAGUUGUCCAACAUCCACCGACUUAGUGGCCCCCGAUCUCGCGCAGCUCACGCUUGCCCAGCGGCAGCGGAGGACGGAAGUUGUUGAUGACCUUGCCGUUGAACUCGUUGCAGGGGCACUCCUCCUUCACGUCGUAGGCAUUGAGAUUGCGCAUGGCGUUCAGCUGGUCGUCGGACACUUCGAUGGGCGUCUUGAACACGAUCCAGAUGACCGACUCCGAGCACGGUGGAGUGGUCAGGGAACCCUCAUAGGUCCAAUAGGUGUGCACAUCGGGCAGCAGCUGGCCGGGAUCACAGCCCUGGGGGAGGGUGACGCGAUCGCCCUUGUGCAGCACGAACUGCAGCAGGCUGGUCACCUUGUCCAGUUCGGCAUGGUGAUUGCCAGCCUUAAGGAACACACCCAGCACGGCCAGGCCGUCGGGAGCGGCAGCCGCCUCGCCAAACGACUUGUACUUCGUGGUGUUCCAGUGAACCAAAUGCAGCUCGCCGGAAUAGGACACGCCGUCGACGGUGUGCUCCGAUCCCUUGGAGUCCGUGCAGCCCCAGUGGCAGUGGAACUGCUCCAGCUUAAAGAUCUGAUCGCCCAGCGGUCCUCCAGUCAGCUCGGAGUCGGCGCCGUUCACAUCCACGCGCCAGCAAUAGCCUAGAUUAACAAAUGGAUUGACCAGGCUUUUGGUGUGCUCCGGCACAUACUUCCACUUGAGCGGAGCUACAUUCAGUUCGCUGCCCUUCUUGGCGCUGGAGGGUGUGAUAUCCACGGGCGACUGACGAUGUCCCGACGCCUGUGGGUACUCCUUGGCCCAGUGGGCAGGUCCUGAAAUAGGAACAUUGAAUGGGGCGGGUAAGUAAACGUGCGGCAAAGUCAUUAGGUAUUUGCUUUCCCCGAAUUUACCAACUUAACUAAGUGCUAAUUCGCUGUGUCGAUAAGGAACAAUAAAUCAACUAAAAUCAAUUCAUUGGAGUACUCCAUUGGGGUUUAUUAAAAACUCAUUAGGCUGGUCAGGAAAUUGAUUAAUGUCCGAAAAAAUAGAAGCUAAUAAAUGUGGAAGGAAUUGAAGAAUUUCGUUUAAUCCAUUAAUUCGAUAAUUAGGGCGACUAUUAUAUGGUACUAGUAAUUUCAGAAGACAGCGAAAAUCAUUUCAAAUUCAUUUAUUCCUACAAUUUGCUGUUAAAUUCAAAUUAUUUCUAUUAUAAAAACAUGAAAGAUUGUAUAUAUUUCAACUAGAAUCUGGACUUUGAAGCUAAUAAAUGGGAAUAAAAAUG